AUGCACACAGCACUACCAACAUGGCUCGCUCUUUCAGCAGCAAUGAUACCUAGCGCAACGGCGUUUUACCCAUACCACUAUGACGGCAGUAGCACUUCCUCAUCGCCUUCCCCACGGUCGCAACGGCUCUCCCGAUCCUCAGAGGAAACCACCGCGCGAGGCGUCACGCUUCCUCUGCGCCGCAUCGCCACAAGCCUACAGUUCCGACAGAACAACGUGUACAACAUAGUCAACUCGAAGGACCCGAGUCAAGAAAAGAGCGUGGCCAUAGACCAAGAUGGCAAGGAUCUCAGCUACAUGGUUGCCGUGACAUUUGGCGACAGCAAGGAGGAAUACCACAUGCUGCUCGAUUCCGCAGCGAGCAACACCUGGGUCAUGAGCCAAGACUGCAAGAGCGAAGCCUGUAAAACGCAUACUUUGUUCGGCAAGGGCGAUUCAAGCACACUCAAGCCCGACACCAAACAAUUCAGCAUAACCUAUGGCACCGGCUCCUCCAGCGGUACUCUCGCCUCGGACACAAUCCACAUCGGCACCUCCCUCUCCUCGCCCCUAACCUUCGGCCUCGCCACCAACGUCUCAGACGAAUUCCGCGCCUACCCCAUGGACGGCAUUCUAGGCAUAGGCCGCGGCAGCGCAGCCAGCGACGGCGAAAUCGCCGCCCCACAAAUCAUGGACGUCCUCUCGUCGAACCGCCUCAUCGCGGCAAAACUCUACGGCAUACACUUGAGCCGCGCCAAGGACGGAUUGCAAGACGGUGCGCUAGAUAUCGGACAUAUCGACAAAAGUCGCUUCUCAGGCGACAUGAACUACCUCGAUUGCGUAGAGAACGACACGGGGUUCUGGGAAAUACCCUUAGAAGGCGCGAGUGUAGAUGGCAAAGACGCACUAGCCUCUGCUCCCGGUAACGGAGGCAGAACAGCGAUUAUGGAUACAGGAACCUCGUUCAUCCUAAUCCCAGAGCAAGAUGCAACCGCCAUGCACUCAUCUAUCAAGGACCAUACGCAGAGUGGAGAAAUGUUUUUCGUGCCUUGCGACACGAAAGCCCAACUCAGCUUCUCGUUCAACAAGGUCGCAUACAAUAUCUCUGCCGCAGACUGGAUUGGGGAGAAGGUCGAGGGCCAGGGUGGGCUGUGCAGGAGUAACAUCAUCGGCAGACAGACGUUCAAGGCGAACCAGUGGUUGGUGGGCGAUGUGUUUCUGAAGAAUGUGUAUUCGGUGUUUGAUUUUGAGAAGGAGAGGGUGGGGUUGGGGGUUAAGAGGGAGGGCGAGGAGGGCAAGGUUGAGUCGCAGAGUGCGACUUCUUCAGGUGCACAGUCUUCGGUCUCGCAAACGGCUUCCGGUAGUGCUGCGGCACCGACUUCUACUGCCGUGGCGGACAACGUGCCUCAAGGUCAGCAGGGCAGCAAUGCUGCGGGCCACUUUUCGUCAUCGUCUGCUCUAGUGUCCAUGGUCGCGCUUGCUGCGAUUUCACUGUUUAUAUAA